CUGUCAUUACACCCUGACAAAUAGCUGUUUCAGAACCCAAGAUCUCACGAGCUAACAAACCUUUAAACUAAUCCUAUUCAUAUUUCUCUUGAUCCUUACAUCUGCUAAUUUAUAUUCCUCUAUCUUCAUAUAAGUUCUCCCUCCAUUUCUUCCAAACAAGCCUCCCAAAAAAAUAUAUAGAAAUGGCUCAAGUAUAGAACAGGGGAGGAGCGAAAUGAGGACCACUUUGCUUCUCUUCUUCUUCUUGUUUAUCGUCUACCGUGUCCGGGCUGGAGACGAUGAGGUCUCGGCGUUGCUUUCAAUCAAGUCGGACUUUUUCGAUCCCUUAGACACACUUGGGGAUUGGAAAACUCCGUCCCCACAUUGCAAUUGGACAGGCAUUCAAUGUAAUGCUGCUGGCUCUGUCGAGAGUCUCAACCUCUCGCAUAUGAACCUCAGCGGUGUCAUCUCCGCCGGAGGCUUGCAGCAACUCGCUAGCCUCUCAUACCUUAACUUAUGUUGUAAUGCAUUCUCUUCCUCACUCCCGAAGUUCUUCGGCAAUCUCACAAUGCUUAAGGUGUUUGACAUUAGUGAAAACUUCUUGAUCGGAGAGUUUCCUGUUGGUCUGGGCGCAUCUCCGGCACUGACACUCCUCAACGCAUCCGGUAACAACUUUGUAGGCCGCCUACCGGAGGAUAUCAGCAAUGCGACCACUCUUGAAAUCCUCGAUCUCCGGGGAAGUUUCUUCCAAGGUUCAAUCCCAAGUUCUUAUAAGAACUUGAAGAAGCUCAAGUUCUUGGGACUUUCCGGCAACAACCUCACUGGAGUACUACCCGCAGAGCUCGGCCAGCUAUCUUCAUUGGAGAAGCUCAUCAUUGGAUACAAUGAGUUUGAAGGAAACCUCCCACCGGAACUCGGAGGCCUCACUAGCCUCAAGUACCUCGACAUGGCUGUUGGUAACCUCAACGGAUCGAUACCGAGCUCCCUUGGCCGUCUUCCAAUGCUCACCACAUUGUUCUUGUUUAAAAACAAUCUUGAAGGUGAGAUACCAAAGGAAAUCGGCAACAUCUCAUCGCUCACAUUGUUAGAUCUCUCCGACAAUCAAAUCUCCGGCGAGAUACCGGCGGAGAUUGCACAACUGAGCAAUCUCCAACUCCUCAAUCUCAUGUGCAACAACCUCAAAGGUCAAGUGCCAUCAGCAAUUGGAGAUCUCACACAAUUGGAAAUCUUGGAGCUAUGGAACAACUCUUUCACUGGGCCAUUACCGACGAACCUCGGCCGCAACUCACCACUCCAAUGGCUUGAUGUUUCUUCAAACUCAUUCUCCGGCUUGAUCCCUGAUAGUAUAUGCAAAGGUGGCAAUCUCACCAAGCUUAUCCUCUUCAACAAUGGCUUCUCCGGCGAGAUUCCGGCAAGCUUAACACAAUGCAUGUCAUUAGUACGUGUGAGAAUUCAGAACAACAGGCUCAAUGGAACUGUACCAGUGGGCUUCGGAAAGCUGCCUAAGCUUCAAAGGCUUGAGCUCGCCGGAAAUGAGCUCACCGGAGAGAUCCCUGCUGACAUCACCUUAUCGACAUCACUCUCGUUCAUUGAUCUCUCUCACAAUCAUCUUCAGCUCCCAUUGCCUUCAAACAUUUUAUCAAUAUCAACUCUGCAGACCUUCAUGGCCUCCGACAAUGAGCUCACCGGAGGAAUCCCUGACCAGUUUCAAGACUGUCCUUCGCUGUCAGCGCUCGAUCUCUCAAACAACAAGCUCUCCGGGGAUAUUCCGGCGAGCUUGGCGUCUUGUGAGCGACUAGUGAGUCUUAAUUUGAGAAGCAAUGCGUUUACCGGAGAUAUCCCUCCAGUGAUUGCAAUGAUGACAACAUUGGCCAUCCUAGACCUCUCCAACAACCUCCUUACUGGCACGAUCCCGAAGAAGUUCGGCAGCUCACCGGCACUCGAAACUUUGAAUUUGUCCUACAACAAGCUCACCGGACCAGUGCCGGAGAAUGGGAUGCUGAGAACCAUAAACCCCGAUGAUCUCGCCGGAAACGUAGGCUUGUGCGGUGGUGUUCUACCUCCAUGCAAUGCAGGUUCCACAUAUCCUGCCACAGGCAGCAAGAAGGGGUACCACAUCAAGCACAUUGUCGCCGGGUGGGUGAUCGGAGUCUCCGUGGUGAUCGCCAUAGGCAUCAUGUUUCUUGUAGCAAGAAGAUUAUAUAGAUAUUGGUAUGUCGACGGCGGUUGUUGUGAAGACCGGUUUGAUGAAGAGAACAGCGCGUGGCCGUGGCGGUUGACGGCAUUUCAACGAGUGAGUUUCACAAGCAGUGAUGUGCUUGCGUGCAUCAAAGAAGCAAAUGUGCUUGGGAUGGGAGCAACUGGCAUUGUCUACAAGGCCGACAUGCCCCGUCACCAUGCUGUGGUGGCCGUAAAGAAGCUCUGGCGAAGCAGAGAUGGUGGCGAUGUAAAUGAUGUUGGCGACAUUGCCGGGGAGGUGAACCUCCUCGGACGUUUACGCCACCGUAACAUAGUCCGAUUACUUGGCUACCUUCACAACGAUAGUGAAACUAUGUUCAUCUACGAGUACAUGCCGAAUGGGAGCUUGUGGGAAGCAUUACAUGGGAAGCUGGCCGGGCGGUUGCUUGUCGAUUGGGUGUCGCGAUACAAUAUCGCCACUGGCAUUGCCCAAGGCAUGGCUUAUCUCCACCAUGAUUGCCACCCUCCAGUAAUCCACCGUGAUGUUAAGUCGAACAACAUUCUCUUGGACACCAACCUCGAUGCGAGAAUUGCCGACUUCGGCCUUGCAAAAAUGCUUCUCAGGAAGAACGAGACCGUGUCCGUCAUCGCAGGUUCCUACGGCUACAUUGCUCCAGAAUAUGGAUACACUCUGAAGGUUGAUCAGAAAAGUGAUAUAUAUAGUUUUGGUGUUGUGUUGAUGGAGUUGGUGACUGGAAAAAGACCGGUGGAGCCGGAGUUCGGGGAGGGUCAGGACAUUGUUGGAUGGGUAAGGGAGAAGUUGAGCAAGCGGGAAGUCGAGGACGUGCUCGACCAGAGUGUCGGCGGCCAAUGCAAGCAUGUACAAGAGGAAAUGAUGCUCGUGCUACGUAUUGCCGUGCUUUGUUCGGCGAGGUUGCCGAAAGACCGGCCUUCGAUGAGGGAUGUACUGACAAUGCUGGGUGAGGCAAAGCCGAGGAGGAAGAGUAGCAGUGCUAGUGUUGUGAGCAAUGUGGCUGGGAAGGACAAGCCAGUGUUCAGCACAUCACCAGAGUCUGAAUUCAUAUGAAUGUUGAGAGAGUGUUAAUCAGUUUGUGUUCUCUCUUUUGUAUGUAUCUUUUAUUUUAUUUUUUUUAUUAAUAUUUGAUCGGUUGUUAGUAAUUAAUGUUGAUGUAGAA